CAGGCUCGCAUCCUCCAGCUCAAGUCAUAUCUGAGACGAUCCCGAGCCGGAUGGUGGGAAAGUGAGAGAGGUGGAGAGCGAGAGUGUGGUCACUGCCGCCGUCCGCCCACAAACACAAGCUCACUCUCUCACACUCCAGCAGCAGCUGUGUGUUGUGUGUGUCCGCCCGCUCUUUUGUGCCGGCAGUUGGGAUUUGUUCUUGGCCCCGUCUGACCCCCCUGUCACCCCCUGAGUGUGAGUGUGUGUGUGUGAGGGAGCCCGACGGGUCUCGGACCCUAGAAUUGAGUGGAGGGGAGGGUCAGGGUUCGGGUAUCCGGAGACAUCUGAGGAAGAGGAGGAGGAGAGCAUCUGACGCUCAGCGCUGGACAUGCACAUCAGCUCUUUGGUUGGGGGUCUCGGACUGACAUAGCCUCGGCCAAUCACAGCCUGAGUUAGAGGUGGCGGCCCAUAAGGGUCGUGAUGGCGGCCAUGCCGUUCGUCAGCGAGGGGAAGUGUGUGAGCGUGGAGUGGGACUUCCUUCAGGGACUCCUCGCCAAACCACCCACCUUGCCCUGCCUGCAAAACUUGAGGAAGGAGAAGUCACGCAAUGCGGCUCGUUCACGGCGGGGUAAAGAGAACUUCGAGUUCUUUGAGCUGGCGAAAAUGCUCCCCCUUCCCGGAGCAAUCACAAGCCAGCUGGACAAAGCCUCCAUCAUCCGACUCACCAUCAGUUACCUGCAUAUGAGACACUUUGCCAGCCAAGGAGACCCGCCCUGGAGCCCUCUACUGGAGGGUGAGAACAACUGCAAUAAGGUGCGAAGAACAAGUCAUUCAUUGGCCACUGAUAUCUUUGAGCAUCACCUGGGAGCUCAUCUUCUACAGUCUCUGGAUGGAUUUGUGUUUGUGGUCAGUCAAGAAGGCAGAUUCCUUUAUAUUUCAGAGACUGUGUCCAUCUAUCUUGGUCUUUCACAGGUUGAGUUGACUGGUAGCAGUGUGUUCGAUUACAUCCACCCUGCGGAUCAUGUCGAAAUGGCUGAGCGUCUUGGCAUUAGGCCACACCUCCGGGCGGAGGCGGGAUGUCAAACGUCCCACGAGAGUGCUUCAAGCUCCGCCUCCACAUCUUCACUGGCAGGAACUCCAGAACCAGCACCGUCCAGUCCCUGUUCUCCGGUCAGUGAACUGUCAGAACGCGGCUUCUUCAUCCGGAUGAAAUCCACCCUUACCAAACGCGGCCUCCAUGUUAAAUCCUCCGGUUAUAAAGUGAUUCAUGUAACAGGUCGAAUUCGCUGUCGGCCCGCCCUCGUGCCAGGCUCCUCCCGCCCCCUGCAUCGACCAAUGGGGUUAGUCGCUCUGGCUCACACGCUUCCGCCCUCCACACUUAAUGAGGUGCGCAUGGAAAGUCAAAUGUUUGUGUUUCGAGUCAACAUGGACUUACAAGUCACCUACUGUGAAAACAGGAUUUCCGAGUAUAUGGACCUCAGUCCAGCAGAUGUGGUUGGACAAACUUGCUAUCACUUCAUUCAUGCAGAAGAUCUGGACACCGUCAGGCAAAGUCACGAAGACUUGCUGCGUAAGGGGCAAGUUGUCACAGGGUAUUAUCGCUGGCUGCAGAGGCGAGGGGGAUAUCUUUGGAUUCAGUCCUGCGCAACCGUGUCCAUCAACCACAAAGCGCCCCACGAGCGAAACGUCAUCUGGGUCAACUAUGUACUCAGUCGACCGGAGCUGGCAGACAUGCCUCUGGACUUAUUACAACUCCCAGAAAGCCUGAGGGCAGAGCGGCUUCAAGUAAGCUCCUCCCCACGCCACCAUUCUCCAAAGGCACAAGGUUCCACAGUCACACAGACCUUAAAAGGCAAUCCGGCCAGGGCCGAACCAGACCGUAAAGCGAAGGAAACCUACGCCCACUCUGUUUCUAGCCAAUCAGAGGAGAACCGAAAGAGACCACUCCAUACUGACUCUGACAACGGUCCUCCAGAGACCAGGAGGCGUGUUGAGGUUUUCCGUCGGAGAGAGGACAGCCCAUGUACCUCAUCGGACCAAGCCAGUGACAGCGAGGAGGAGGAGGAAGAGAGAGAAAGUCAAUGGAACCAUCCCCCUAGCAGCAAACAUGUGAAGAAUGAGGAUGGGUCUCCCAAACAAGGCAACGGUACCAAUGCGGCAGGUAAAAUCCAUAACGGUCGUGCCGUGAUCCAGCAUCUAAAGAGUGUGGUAGCCAGUUCAGCAUCAAAUAUCAAGACUGAACAGGAAGUAAUGGGAGCCAGUCAUGGGGGGCGAUGGAGCCAGCCCCCAUCCAACACACAUGCGCCAAGUGGAGGAACCAAUGGAAGCAGUCCGCCCUCCCAGCCUCCAACAGAAGCUCCACCCAAGUCUCUGUUCAACCCACCCUCCCCGACUCUGUCUCCACCCAUUUCCGCCUCGCCCCUUCUCAGAGAUGAUCGGUCCAUUCACGGAGGACGCGCUCCGGACUUCGAGUUACUCCAGAGACUGACUGCGAGUGGAGCGGCGGGACGUGUGCUUUUUCACCCUCUUGCUCUCGGACCCCAAGGGCCUCAGAGUCUUUACGCCCCCAGCACCAUUCGCUACGCCCCGCCUGAGAUGCCUACGGGCCACGCUGAAGGUCAUCGCUCAGAUCACAUGGCCAAAACUCCAGCUUUCUUUCCUCACCUGCAAAGGAUCACGUCUCUGCCACCCUUCAGUGGCUUCUCUCCGACCGAACCAGCGUUCCCUCCGACUCUUCCUUUCUGUAUGAACGGACUGAGGGGUGCGGCUGGAAUGGAAGAGGACUGAGAGAUUGAAAGAGAGAGAAAGAGUUGGUGCUAUUAAAUAAGAAAAUAACACUACAAAUGGGACUAGAGGAGAACUUGAGGCUUGCCAGUCUUCCCAGAAUCCUCACUGGUCUCUGUUUAUUUGUCUUCCUCUCUCUAGACAAGCAGUUAAAGCCAUACUGAACAUAUGAAGGACAUCAUGCAAUUACACAUUGUCCUGGGCCCUCUAUGGUACUUAUUUGGCCCAGGCGUGCGUCCCUUGAAUCGAAACAAUGCAAUUAUGGACCAUCAGCAUGGUGGGCAAUUGCCAAAAACAGAUAUUCCUAAUGAGAAAGCACAGCCGAGGUCCCCUUACAGGGACCGUACCGAUACUGAAAACUUUUGAACACUAUAUAAUUUUCAUUUUUUGUAAAAAAUUAUAAAAAGGACAAUUGUCUUUAAACAUAUGAAAGAAUCACUUGAAAAGAAAACUCAUUCCAGGUCAUAGCCAUAUAUAGACGACACUGAAUUUAGAGACUUCAUACAUGCAAAGGCUCCAAAAUACUCCAGAAGUCAUGAGCGGAAAUCAUGGACUAACCUUCUUGUAAUUUGGGACUUGUUGGGUUUGGGGUGAUUAUGUGUGUCUUUUUGUCAUAUGUCACGUCCAAGCACUUAUGAUAUAUUGUUGCAGACACUUAGCACUUCAACCUGUAUUCUUCUUCUUCUACUGUAAAGCCACAUGAAUGAAGUUUACAGCGUUUGUGGCAGAACCAGCGAAGCAUGGAGAACACUGUCAUGUGUUAUAUAAAGGUGCAAUCUUUAAUGUUCAAAUCAAAUCUCAAAUAUGUGAAUGUCAUGCAAACUGUCCUCACGCAAACUUACCAGUGCACUGUAAAAAAUAAUGCAGCAUGAAGGUAAAACAACUUGGUUUGGAAAUCAAUUCAACCUACUAUUUAUAAAGUUGAAAACUAAAUAUAAAAACAAGUUAAAAUUGUGUAACUUAAUGUCACUACAGUACUUUAUCCCAGUCUUUUACCCUGAUUUGCAGUGGCUAAAAUGGAAUAUAUUAGGAAUGCACCAAUAUUUCAUUCAAUAAUUGGUAUCGGUUGAUAGUUUAAGGGUGUGCACACCAAAGCUUUUAAAUGCGGAUGAAAAUGGGGGGUGGACACUGACUGCCAUCUUUCUUUAGCUGAGGACUUUGGUUGCUGUGAUACUUCUUUGUUUAUCAAUCGCGUUGUAUGAUGGGUUGCUUGGUUUUAGUGAUGAAAUGAUUCAUUCAAUUUACUCAAUUUUUUAAAGGUAAGUGGUUGCA